AGUCGAGCAUAAUGGCGGGCGUUUUGUCUGAUUUUUGUUUGAUCGAAAAAAUGUGACAGUUCCUUUGUUUGUCGCUGUUUGUUGAUGAAACACGCAUUUUGCAUUUCUAGAAUGCAAGAGAAAUGUCGUGGAAGGAUAGCUUCACGGACGACCCUGCAUCUUUGUUUCGAACUAAGUCAGCUGUUAAAAAGCUGUUAGAACAGGCAAAGGCUGAAACGCCCGGCAUUCAUAUCAUUUCUAGACCUUCAAGACCUGUCUCUGUGCGAAAAUCAAGAUUCAAAUUUCCCGAUCCAAAGAAAGAUUGCUACCUCACUUUGAAAGUCAGCAGUCGUAAUGGCAAGUUGUGUUUACCGGUAUGCUACGAAAAUCACGAAGAUAAAGACCAACAUGUCUGUGAUGGUUUGAAAUACAUUUUACACGUUCCGUCAAUCAAAAGAUUUUCUUUAGAAGGAAAGCAAUUGACUACAAACGAUCAAGCAGAAGACUAUUAUUGUUAUAGCACCCUUUCAGCUCACAAAAAGGGUUUAGCUAAGAAUUGUCUGGGAUUUUGGUUUCGGUUUUUUGAACAAGGUGUGAUAUUUCGCAUAACUAUUGCUCUAAAGAUUGAUUUGCUGUUUGUGAAAACGUUCUUUGGAAAGGGAUACCUAUCAGAUUUCACAGAUUCCUUUUAUGAAGAUGGUGGUAUCUUUGCCCGUGAAGAAGUGGAAAUUUCUACCCAUGUAAAAUCUCCUUCUAGAUCUGCGGCUUCAGACAGAAACAGUGUCAUAGAUACAGCAAAGAUUUUCCCGUCUCUGUAUUUGAACCAGGAAUACCAGUCUCUUGUUUCAAAAUUCAAAGACUUGAGGCAGAAGCUUCAUUUUAAUGAGCUGGACAAUUUUUUUGUACAAAUGUUGGAAAAAAUGUCAGAUAAUGACCUGAAGGUGGUGCUUUUUCUAGAGCAAAGUCAGGAGGCCUGUCGCAAAAAGCUUUACGAGACGUCAAAACAGCUUUUGAAGCAGGCAGUUGACAGCGCUGCCAAAUGUAAGAACAAGACAUUGUUAAUGGGCAGAGCUUAUUUGUAUCUGUCGUAUGUUCAUCAGAAAGAUGGAUACCUUGGAAACGCUGAGGAAUGUUUGGCAAUCGCAAGAAAGAAGCUUCAGGCACUGGAGGUUUGUGAGGAUGUUGGUGAUCUCUGUUUUCAGGAAGGACUUAUCCUGACCAAUUUUGCCCAGAAAAUGCCCAAGUUUGCAUUUAAGUUGAUCACAGAAGCAAUACACAAAUUUGAACAGGCUGCACUCAUAUUUACAAAUGGCCUGACAGUCGACAAUGUUUUGGACAAGCAGUGCUGUUCGUACAUCAGACUAGCAUCUCUGCUGCUUCAGCAAAAGGCUACAUCCUUAAACACUGUGCAGAAAAACACAGCACUUGCUAGUAAGCACCUGGAGUGGGUAGCAGGUCAUCUGCCAGAACUGUCUGAAAGAACCAAGUUCCAAUUCCAUGUCUGUCACACUGAGUUAUUUUAUAAAAAACAGCAAUUUGGAAAAGCUAAGGAAAGUCUUGAUGCAGCUUUUCAGAUCGCCAAAAGUUGUCAAUUUGAAGAGCAAAUUAUAUUUGAUCAAAUACCAGAAAAGACUGAAGAAAACAAUUAUUUUAGGGAUAGAAUCAGUGAUGGGGAAGCAGCUGAUGAAAAAGCUGAAGAUUUUUUUGUAGAUGAUGUCCAAUCAGGUUAUCUUGGUGAUAUAAGUUCAUAAGAGACAAAUGCUAAGAAAGACAUCGGCAAGAAAGAUAUCAAAGACUAGUUAUUAGCACUAUGAACUCUCUUUCCAUUUAAAGGUUGCAGAGCAGAGUGUAAUAUUUUUACCCUGCUAGAAGAGUUUCUUUGAUCUUUCCUAGAUAAGCCGGGAGAGAGGAAGCAACAGGUUCCUUCUUCUUCCCAACUAGCCUGUGAACGGCAGACGUAUUUCCGGUUGUCACUUCUCUCCCUCUUAACUUUUGUAAACGAGUCGUUCUGAGGAAAAAGGGUGGCUGUACACAGGCAACACUGUCCUUUCAAUUUCGACUCAGUGUAAACAUGUCCACCACGCACGAUCUUGCGAGAAGUCUUGUGAGUUAGUAUAGUUCCUUGAUUUUAAGAGCUAAACUGUGAUUGGCUGAAAAGGUUUUACGUCACGGAAAUCGUUUUGUCGCUCAGGUUCACAGAUGUUAAUUUUCGGAGGGAGAGAAGCAACGACAGGAAAUACAUCUGCCGUUCGCAGGCUACCUCCGCUUAGCUUAUUUACUUGAUUGGGGAUGAGGAGUCUUAAUUAAUUCAGCUUAAUUGAUAGUAUCACUUCCCUAUAAAGGACCAGAGCUAAAGCACAUGAAGUUUGUUGAGCUUGCAAAUUAGCCAUACCAGAUUUGUCCAAAUGAAGUGUUCUUACAAUCGUGAUUUAUUAAAAUACAGUCUAUCAUCUUUUAAUUUGGUUGUGAAGAACUUUUUUCUGCUGAAAAAGGAGGGAGG